AUGGAGAUUGACCAGUCCUCUGAUGAGAACGGUUACGAAAGCCUUGACGAUGAUCAGUCACGCAGAGAAAUUCGUGUUGAAAGGCCUGCUCGACCAGCUCCAGAAUCAGCUCCCAAGUACACGGUUCCUGCGCGCGUUCUCGGGGCCGUCGAGAUUCCCGCUGUUGUGGAAAAUGUCGACAGAGCUGUCAAAGCCUUCGGCCGAGUCCCUAAUCUUCAACAUGUGAUGGAUACAAGCAGAAACUCCAUCCCCUUCUACCUAACCCCCGAAAGCCCAUUCUGCAAACCCAUUAUGUCACAUAAUGCAAGGAGUCACAAUGUGGUUCUCAAAGUGACUGUCCCCAAAAGGACUGGUAGGAAGCGAAAGAGGGGAACUGAUGGUCCAUGGGAAGGAGAUAUUGAGGUGGCCGACGCUGAAGUCGAGCCUCCAAAAGAUGAGGUGUCAUCCUAUGCCCGACUGGAUGAUCCAAAGGUAUUGCGCCGGAAGAUGGCAGACAAUGUCGACAAGUAUCAGGUCGAGGCUGUUGGUGUCAUCAAGAACACGCACCGUUUCCGUGGCCUCGCAGAUUUCUACUGGGAUAUGCCGAAGUCUGCGUUUGCCCAGCGAUACGUGGACCAAGUUCUCCCUGGAGACGUUGACAAGAUCAAGGAAUUCAAAUUUCUUCCCGGGACUGACCAGGGGCCAAACGUCGACAUCCUCCCGCCCCCCAUGUUUACGCAUAUGAGCCUUCCCUUCAACUAUCAAUACUCGCAGAACCCGUAUGUACGAGCCACUGAAGAUGGUGGAACAGUCAACACGACCGCCGUCAAGCAAGUCGGAUAUUUUAUUGGAGCCGAGGAUCCUUCGCCAGCCGGCCCUCAACUCGCCCCUGAUUUGACCGACCCCCGAAUGGUGGAGAUCAUGGCCGAGUUGGAGGCUGCGUUCGAGGCACGGCCGGUGUGGACGCGGCGGUCUCUGCUCAACCACCUAGGAGGAAAGCUCAAGAACUGGAACGAAUUGAAGAAGUACCUCAACUACGCGGCUUACCAGUUCAAGGGAGGUCCAUGGAGAGAUGGCGUGGUUCCAUACGGCAUUGAUCCAAGGACAGACCCCAAGUACCGGGUCUAUCAGACUCUCAUGUUCAAGCUCCCGAAGCAGAAGCGCGCCCAGCGAGGCCAAACAUGGAAGUCAUUGCGUAGGGUGCAAAUGGGGCCUCUCAAGGAGUUUUUGGAGGAACUCUCGGAGAGUCACAUCUUUGACGGAGAGACAUUUCACACUGACGGCAAGGUAUGGCAAGUGUGCGAUAUCACUGACCCCUUACUCAGGGAGCUCUUGGACAAUGCUGCAGUACGGCCCGAAUGGGAUCCAAGCAGUGGAUGGUAUCACGGCGGGCUUUGGGCCAAGGUCAAAGCCAUCAUGAAGACGAAGCUUGUCGCCAUUCAGUUUGACCGACACCUUACUCGAGAAGAUUUCGCAAUGACGUUACAGACCGGAGAUCAAACACCCAUGCGGUCGAACCAGGCAACCUUCCAUUUGCCUCUGCCGAACCUUCGUCUAACAGAUGAGGAGCUGACGCAACUCCGAGGACGACAGCCGACAAAGAAGAACAAGCACAAAGGCUACAGCGUGAGAGUUAGGGAUCCCAAUGCAGCGAAGAAAGCGGCCGAACCUUCGUCAGCUGCCGACUCGCAGAACGAAGAGGCACAGCUGUUGGGACUUGAGAUGGAAUCAGGGGCCGAGGACUCUGGGAGUGGCGAUGACGACGACGAGUCUGGGGAUGAAGAAGAUGGAGAUAUGCCUACAAGGAGCAGUCGAGAUGUUGAUCUCGAUGGAGAUACCAUAUAUGGCUAA